AUGGAAAUUAACAAGGAUGAAGCUAUAAAAUCAAUAAGCAUUGCUGAGAAGAAAAUCUCAGAGAAUGAUUACGUAGGAGCCAAGAAAUUCGUCAACAAGGCUCAGAAUUUGUAUCCAAAGCUUGAUGGAUUGAAACAAGUGUCGAUGAUGAUCGAUGUCUACAUCUCUGCAUUAGACAAGAUCAACAGAAAAGGAGAAGCCGAUUGGUAUGGAGUUCUUAGUGUUGAUCCUUUGGUUAAAGAUGAAGAUCUGAAAAGACAGUACAAGAAGUUAGCUCUUUUGCUUCAUCCUGAUAAGAACAAAUUUACUGGUGCAACAGAGGCGUUUAAGCUGAUCUCAGAAGCUUGGUGUGUGUUAUCUGACAAGGCUCAGAGAUUUGCUUAUGAUCUGAAGAGGAAAUCAACAGAUAUAGAGAGUGGAAUAUGCAACACAUAUUGUCAGUUUGGGAUUGAUAGUGCUUAUCUUAACGGGACCUUGUCUUGUCCAAAUUGCAGACAGGAUUUUGUUGCAACCGAGAUAGAACUAGAGGUGAUCGAAGGGAGGCGAGUCAUCAGGUUCAACAAAAUCAGAACUGAUGCUUCUUCUUCAAAUACUUCAGCAUCUGAUAGAAUAUUUUUUAAAGAAGAUAUUGGAGAAUAUGCUCUUUGCUAUAGAGACACUUUAUAA